AUGACGCUCUACCGAUCACUCGCCCGCUCUUUUGGAAGUGGCAGUGAACGGUUAUUCGUGACCAACGGAAAAGAUGGUAGCUUCGCCACAGCAAACCACACCUGCAUCCAAACAAGAGGCUACGUGCCUACUCCUGACAACGAGGCCGAGAACAACGCCCUGGCGAAAGUACUGCAGAGGCACAACAAAGCAGCUUUCCUUGGCCAUGUUUCGUCCGGAUACUCAAACUGGGCACCCCAGGAACCCACCAGCGCCAAGGGAGCAAAGAACUGUGUGAAAAUGGACACCGAUGGCAAGUGGAGAUCCGCAUCUUGUGAAGAGCAGCUCUUGACCACUUGUGAAUUCUUUGUUGUUUAG